AUGGUUCGCCCGCGCGGAAGGUCGAAUCUGGGCGUGGACAUCCGGGGCGACACCAGCGCCCCCGCGAUGUCCACCAUGAAUGAAGUCAGCCCGAUUGAGCCUUCCUCUCCCGACCUGAAUAAGCAAUUGGACAAGCAAUAUGCAGACAAGGCCAAGACAAAUUCCAAGAAGCGUCGCAAUCGCUCCCACCUCCACCGCUUCGCCGAUACCUGCCUCCGCUACACCUGGCUCCUCCCGUUGCUCAUCAUGAUCUUCCUGCUGUCGCUGUACGCGGUCAACCCGACAACUUCGAACCCAAUGCAUAGCGCCAUCUUCUUAUCCUACCCGCAGCCACCAAAGUCUCCCGGCGGAUCCAUCAUGUACGGUAAGGGUAAGAAGGAUAUCGCUUUCGUGGCCUUCUACACAGUGGUGCUGUCCUUCACGCGCGAGUUCAUCAUGCAGCAGAUUAUCCGUCCGUUCGCGGUGUACUGCGGUAUCCGCGGAAAGGGCAAGACUGCGCGCUUCAUGGAGCAGGUGUAUACCGCCAUCUACUUUGGCAUUUUCGGACCGUUUGGGCUAUAUGUCAUGAAGCGCUCGGACAUUUGGUAUUUCAACACCACUGCCAUGUUCGAGGGCUUCCCUCACCGCGAGCACGAGGGUCUUUUCAAGGCUUACUAUCUACUCGAGGCCAGCUAUUGGGCGCAGCAGGCUAUUGUGCUCCUGCUGCAGCUGGAGAAGCCGCGCAAGGAUUUCAAGGAAUUGGUCGGACACCAUAUUAUCACCCUGGCGCUGAUUGCGCUCAGCUACCGAUUCCACUUUACCUACAUGGGUCUUGCAGUGUACAUCACGCACGAUGUGUCGGACUUUUUCCUGGCGACCUCCAAAACGCUCAACUAUCUCGAUGCGUACAUCACCGUGCCCUACUUCGGUACAUUCGUUGGCAUGUGGAUUUACCUCCGCCACUAUCUGAAUCUGAAGAUUCUCUGGGCCGUUCUGACCGAGUUCCGCACCGUUGGACCCUUUGAGCUGAACUGGGAGACUCAGCAGUAUAAGUGCUGGAUCAGUCAGUACAUCACUUUCGCUCUGCUAGCCAGUCUGCAAGCCGUCAACCUCUUCUGGCUGUUCCUAAUUCUGCGUAUUCUCGCCAACUACAUCUUCAACAGCGUCACCAAAGACGAGCGCAGCGAUGACGAAGAUGAAGAAGAGCUCGAGACAGAUCCCAAGGCCAUCGCCACCGGCAUUGAGAACCAAGCCCCCCAAGUUCUUGUCAACGGCGAACCGGCUGAGCCUCCGGGUCCUCGCAGAUACAGCAAAAAGGACUCAUAA